CAACCUGGUUAGGUUUGUAGUCGUUGGACCCAUAUUGAAGGACGAGUGCAAACCCAAUCAAUUAUAUAACAACCAAAAAGAAAAAUAGAAAAAAACAACAAAAAAAUCAGAAGGCCGUUUCUCAUUAUACUCGCAUAAGAAGUAUCGCCCUCCCUCCCACUCAUAUUUCUCUUCUCUUUCCCCCCAAAUAAAUCGGACGUGAAUUUGAUAUUGCCGACGGCGAUCUCUUCUAUGCUAACGCUCACUCCCUCUCUUUCUCUCUCCUCUACCUUUUAGCUGCUCAGGAAUAUGGCAUCGAUAUCUCCAGCAACUAUUUCCAGUGCGAAAUCAUUGGGCUCUGAUCAUCUUCGGAGCUCCAAUAGUUGCAUCAAUGGCGUCCAAUUGAGGGAGCUUGGAAGAACCCGAUUACUAUGUAGUGGGAAGAAGAAAAUUGAUUUAUCAGUGUCUGCGAAGCUAAGGAAAGUGAAGAAGAAUGAGUAUCCUUGGCCUGAAGAUCCCGAUCCCAAUGUGAAGGGCGGAGUUCUUACUCAUUUGUCGCCUUUUAAGCCCUUGAAGACGAAGCCAAAGCCGGUUACAUUGGACUUUGAGAAGCCCCUUAUGGACCUUCAAAAGAAGAUUAUUGAUGUAAGGAAGAUGGCAAAUGAAACUGGUUUGGACUUCAGUGAUCAGAUUGCAUCGUUGGAGAACAAAUAUCAGCAGGCAUUGAAGGAGCUUUAUCUACAUCUGACUCCGAUACAACGUGUGAACAUUGCACGACAUCCCAACCGUCCAACUUUUCUCGACCAUGUGUUUAAUAUCACAGAGAAGUUUGUGGAACUGCACGGAGAUCGAGCUGGUUAUGAUGAUCCUGCUAUAGUUACGGGUCUUGGUAUGAUAGAUGGUAGGAGCUAUAUGUUCAUUGGUCAUCAAAAGGGAAGAAACACGAAGGAGAAUAUUGAACGCAAUUUCGGGAUGCCUACUCCUCACGGAUACCGGAAGGCUCUCCGCAUGAUGUAUUAUGCUGAUCAUCAUGGAUUCCCCAUUGUCACCUUUAUUGACACUCCAGGGGCAUAUGCAGACUUGAAGUCGGAGGAGUUAGGGCAAGGAGAAGCCAUCGCGCACAAUUUGAGGACUAUGUUUGGGUUGAAAGUACCAAUUAUUUCCAUCGUUAUCGGUGAAGGUGGAUCUGGUGGUGCGUUAGCCAUUGGAUGUGCUAACAAAUUACUGAUGCUGGAAAAUGCAGUCUUCUACGUAGCCAGUCCAGAGGCAUGUGCAGCUAUCUUGUGGAAGACUGCUAAAGCUGCUCCUAAGGCAGCAGAAAAACUGAAGAUAACUGCUACCGAGUUGACCAAGUUGCAGAUUGCAGAUGGAAUCAUCCCCGAGCCGCUUGGUGGUGCACAUGCCGAUUCAUCAUGGACAUCACAGCAAAUCAAGAAGGCAAUAGUCGAAUCGAUGGAUGAGCUUGUGAAAAUGGACAUUGAAGAUCUCUUGCGUCAUAGAACACAGAAGUUCAGGAAAAUUGGGGGUUUUCAAGAGGGAUUACCUGUUGACCCUAAGAGGAAAGUGAACAUGAAGAGCAAAGAAGAACCACUUCAAAACAAGGCUUCAACACUGGAGCUGGAGAGUGAGGUUGAAAAGCUGAAGGAGAAAAUCCUGAAAUCUAAGGAUUCGUCAAUUGAAACUCCAAAUGUUGAUGAACUUGUAGAGAAGCUCAAGCUGGAGAUUGACCAUGAAUUGUCUGAAGCUGCUGAAGCCUUAGGUUUGAAAAACCGGCUUGUGAAGUGGCGGGAGGAACUUUCGAAGGCAAGAAAUGCCCAGGAUGAACAUAUGCAUCCAGCGCAGCUGGAUAAAGUUGAAAAGUUUAAGAAUGAGUUUAGUCAACGUCUAACCACAGCACCUAAUUAUGCAAGCUUAAGUUAUAAGCUUGAUAUGCUGAAAGAAUUAUCGAAAGCCAAGCAAAUGUCUGAAAUUAAGAGCAAGUCAACCCUGCUGAAGCAGCAGGUGAAUAUGAAAUAUAAAGAGAUCCUAGAUCACCCUGAUAUAAAGAAGAAGGUUGAAAUGCUGAAGUCUGAAAUUGAGAAAUCUGGGGCCUCUAGUCCUAAUGAUUUGGACCAUGGACUAAAGAAAAAGAUGAUGGAGGUGAAGAAAGAGAUAGAAAUAGAAUUUGCAACUGUUCUGAGGUCUAUGGAUUUGGAUCUGAAGAUUGCAGAAUCAAAUGGUUUAGAUUCUGUUGAAGGGAGCUUGCCCCUGAACCUAAAAAGCAUGAUUGGAGAACUGAACGAAGAAAUAGAAGGAAAAAUUGAAGAUACUGUCAACUCUGACGAGUUGAAGGACAAAAUAAGUUUGUUGAAAUUGGAAUUAGCCAAGGCUGGAAAGAACGAAGAUGCAGAACUGCAAAAAAGAAUUCAGGUUCUGAUAAAAGAUAUAAAGGAGACUCUCACGGAGGCUCUCAGUACUUCUGAGUUAAUUGAAAAGCAUGGAAAUCUUAGAUCUGAAAUUGAAAAGGUAUUAGAAUCAGAUGGGAGUUCAAGUAGAAGUCCAAACAGUGAAUCAAAGGUAGGUGAGAUUAACACUGGAGCUGAGCGCAGCUAUGCUUAGUAUUUAUAAUCCAUUUGUUCUGUUAUUUAUGCAUUUUCGCCAUUUCUCUUAUUUUCUACCUUAAAGCAUCACCCCAAGUCCACGCCUAAGUGGAAGUGUCAAAACUUCGUAGGUUUCUUGUAAUUUGAGGCGACUAGAAAAUGCUGCCCGAUGUUUGAAAUGGAGGUUUAUGUAGGUAGGUGAUUCGGGCAUUUGAGUAGGUGAUUCGGGCAUUUGAGUAGGUGAUAUACUGAUAUGUCAUACCUUCAUAUUGGUCACCUGUGCUGGUUUGCCAUUGUGUAUCUGUGGUACUGCUUUAGUGCAGUUAAAUGCUGGGUAUGUAUUUUCAUCUGGGUGUUGUGGUUAGGAUUGAAGAAAUUUGGAUAUGUACUAAUAAUAUUAAGCUCUUUUUUUUUGUGGACAGCAUUAAUAUUAAGCUUGUUUAUGUAAUUUAGUAAUAAAAUUUUGAAACUCUGUGUUC